ACUCCCGUCAGAACGACGUUCUCUUAUACAAGACGUGCGGUUUUGCACGACGCUAAACUGGAGGCUGUAAACGUGCAAAAACUAAAACACGUCAAACCGAACGACUGUAUAGAUUUCUUUUUGGCUGCGUUAUCACUUUAAUCCGUCGGGUCUGUAAUUAGCACGGACGUGUACGAGUGUGAUCGGUCGCCCCCGUUACCGUCCUGUUUUUUUUUUUUUUUUUUAAAUUAAUUAAACCAAGCUAAAUUUACAAUUGAGGUCUCGUGCAUGACUAUAAAUCACACCUUGUACUUUCCUCUCUGCAGUUUACAUAUGUGGAAAAACCUGCUCUCCUCCAUAUCAUAGCUCAAUAGCUCUGGCACGUAUUAAAGGGUGGGUAUGUUUUCAGAACGAGGUCUUACGCAAUAAUUGAUGGACUCUUCCGUCAUGCCCCACGUGACAUUUGGUAACCGUUGGCAGAGGAAACGUCCUGUAAUAACCUCCUCACUUUACACUGCAAAAUCCCAUAGCGAUAAUACGUCAGCCGCGGACGUGGUUAUAAGUUCGGGCGUCUUCUCUCACUUUCUAUCAGUUCAGCCACAAAGACAGAGACAGAGACGCGCUCACACACAACACCGACCAGGAAAACAAAUGCGUUUAUCUAUCGACCUGACGAAUGUUCUUCUCUUCCCGUGCGUUCAGAGAGGGAGGAACACGUCGUACCUGCGCCGCUGGUUUGUCCUGAAGGGGAAUCUGCUGUUCUAUCAGGAGCGCCCGGCCGACCGCGGCCUGAUCGGCGUGAUCGUGCUCGAGGGUUGCGUCGUUCAAACCGGAGAUUCGGAGGUCUCGUUCUCUCUGGUGUUCACCGGCCCGGGACUUCGCUCCUAUCAGCUCGCCGCAGACGAUCAGCCGAGCCAAAAGAGCUGGGUGAACGCUCUCCUGUCAGCCAGCCACAUCUACAUCUCACUUCUUGUCAGAGACCUCGCACAACUUUACCAAGAAGCUAAAGAAGGGAAAAGCCUCUGCAAUUCUUCCACAUCGACAGAUUCCCGUAUGAAAAUGUCCAGCUCGGUCAUCGCCGCUUUCUACGCAGGAUCGCCGUAUUUGGCUCAGUGUUCUGCGCCGACACACAGAGAGACGAGAAGCUACAGUGCGAGCCACGCCUACCCUGGCCACCAAACCCACCACGCUCCAUCUGUGCCAAUCAGAGCGGUUAAUAAACGAUCACCGAAACACUGGCCCAAAAGAAACGCCCACGUCACGCCUCUAAACGGCCCCGCCCCCAAGUACGGCGAGUGGCCUUUAGUGGGAUUCGACCCGAUGGACGAAUUUGUCAAACUGCACGAGUUUUACGGAAACGAGGUGAAGCAGGUGAGAGCUGAUUGGCUGAAGAAGAAACAGCAAGAGGCGGGCCAUAUCGAAGAGGAUCUUAUCGAUCUAGGCUGAUUUAACUUCCCUGCGUUCUUCACACGCCGGAUCUGUCUCAGAUUCUUCAAUGAUAAGAACGUUCGAUAACCAAUCCACUCAGAUUUUUACGCCAAGCUGUGUACGUCCUCUCUUUUAUUCCGCGAGUCACGAUUACAGAACGCUUUAAAUAUUGCAGAUGAGGUUCAGCCGAAGUAUUCUCAGGCAACAGAAAAGAGAAAGUGAUACUAAGGAAGCGGGUAGAGGUUCUAGCUGCGCUGCGGCCUUUAUGGUAAACGGUCCUAAAGAUUUCUCUCUCUUCCUGUUCUGAAUGCCUGACCACUCGCCACUUCUAGAUUUUGGUUCCCAAAACAGAAGAGGAAACUGGAAAUGCGACGAUUAACCAAUUCAAACCAGGACACGAGUUCAUUUUUCUUCUUACCCCAUACUACAGUAAACCAAGACAUAUAUUAGACCUGGUAAAGCUGUUCAGGUUCCCUUAACGGACAUUACUUAACACAAUAGUUAACAUGAACUAACCAUGAACUUCAGCAUUAAUACACCAUGAGUAAGAUUAACAAAGUCACUCAAACUUACAGUACAUAACAUGCAACGAGUCAAGGCAUGACACGCGUGCGUAAACCGAAACGUUUAAGUUAUUGAGCGUAAUUCGUGAAGCGGCGUCAGGGGUCCAAGCAGAGCUCAGAGCACCAGCAGGCAACAUUAAACCAGGGCAAUCCAUAAUCCACAACGAGACAGGUGAGGGGGAAAACCUGGAAGAUACAGAUAUAUCUCAGAACAUUACAUGGACUUUAUAAGACAAUAAAUGCAUGAUAAAACCCUCACAAAAAUACUGAUACAAGAGGGUAUAAAUAGACAAAUAAAUCAAGGACUGAACAUAGAAUAGGUGAUCACAAUAGGAUAACAAACCAAAGGCAGAACUGGUGCGAAGAGAGAACCAAAAUAGAUACCAAAGACACAUGGCAAUGUAAGAAAGUACAUGACGUGAAAACAGCACCCGUUGAGCUCGGAACGUCCCGAGACAUUAAUCGAUUUUUUUUUUUUUCAAUAAUAAACCAAAUAUGCCAAAUAAUCAACACUUGCAUUAACCAAUGAGUACAAGUAAGCACACAGUGACUGACAGGAACACCUUAAUGAACAGGUUAUACCUGUAGACCAGAGUUCAGAAAGUUCUCAACAUUUACAUACUGAACAUACUGUAACUGAAUUUUUUUUUUUUUGCUCUUUUACCCUGACUUAUUUUUAGUUAUUGAAUAGGAUUGAAGAGUCAGUCAGUGCAGGUGUAUUUCAUUAACAUCUAAACAAAUGUCAAUUACUACAGGUGCUCAUUUAGUUGUCAUAACUACUCGUGGUUUAUUAACUGUGAAAUUCAUGGCUCGUUAAAUGUUAAUAAAUUCCAGGGAGGGACUAAUUACUGUAAACGUAGCAGCAGUUAAGAACACAACGCUUGGACAUUUGGGACUGAAUAUUUUCAUAUGGUGUUUUAAAAAAAAAAAAUGUUCACGAUGCAUAUAUAUUUCAGAGCGAGAGUGUGUAAUGAAUUAGGCAUGCGGUUUGUACGGUGCUAAAUCGGUAGCUAUAACCAUUAAUCAGUUGUUAUUGACCUUGCAGCUCAAAACAAACUUUCGCAAACAUGUCUUGGAUGUUUGUCUACAUUAUGGAAAUGACAUAUUUCCAUACAUUAAAUCGCUCCUUUAACCAAGUUUGGAUUUGCUCCAUAUAACAGGUACCACUGAAAGAAGAUUCCUUUAAUCUACAGUAUUACGUUUAUUAAACCAGGCAGCACUCAGAACUCUUCUGUACCUGUAAGUAUUUUACCUGCAGGUAAAAUACCUCGUAUUUGACGCUUGAUAAACUGUAUGUGCAUCAUUAAGGUUUCCUUCUAACCUGCUACUUCACACUCUUUAGUCUGUAGCUUUAUGCCUUUCUUGAUCAGACUGUUAUUGAAAGAUUGGCGGAUAUAUCUGUACAUGUAUAGUGUAUUUUAUUUCUGUUCUACAGUAAUGUAAUCAUCAUAUGCAGUUUAAGAUGAGCUGUAUAAAUAUAACUGGCUGUUAAAGUCUGAAGUUCAAGCCAUAGACUGUAUAUAAUAAUAUUUAUGGUGCAAGCAAAGUGCGAAGAUUUUAAUGGCCAACAGGGGGCGCUAUUCACUCUGAAUACGGUUUAUCAGUUGAGGUUUUCCUGCUAAAACAUUCACUUAAACAAAUUGAAAAUAUGAAUGAAACUAAUUCGUUCAGUUUUAUGACAUUCAUUAAUUUCUUUAUUUUUAUUUU